AUGUCCAGUACGUUUUCCUCUUGUAUUGUAUACAACUCUCCUUCUCACAGGGGUGCGGAUUUCACGACCACAGGCUCCAGUGAACACAAACGUGCCUCGGCCAUGCCAUCGCAGGGAUCACUCUUCAACAACUUCGAGGACGUCCAGUUGACUGACGAAGAGCGCGUGUAUCUGAAUGCUGCCUCUUUGGGAGACGUGGGGAUUGUCCGCGAAACUUUAGAGGAAGAAAAUCAAGACGGAACCCUUAACGCGAACUGUGUUGACUACAUGGGGCGUAACGCACUCCACCUAGCGGUGGACAGUGAGAAAAUUGACGUGAUAGAAAUUCUACUGGACAACCUAUCAUUUAACUGUAUAGAAGAGUCUCUACUUCAUGCAAUCAGUAAAGGUGCGACUAAAAUCGUGAAAGUGAUAUCAGAACAUCCUAACUUCAUGGCAGGAGAGGAUAGGUUUCUUAUAUCAGGAGUGAACGAGGCUUUCUUCAGGACAGAAGAGAAAAGUCAGUUUCCUCCCGAUAUAACACCUAUUAUUCUCGCCAGUCACUAUAACAAUCAUGAAAUCGUGCAGAUGUUCUUGUCUAGAAACCAUAGGAUAGAAAGACCACAUGCAAUUUCUUGCAGAUGUUCAGACUGUAUUUCAAAACAAAAUUAUGAUUCAUUGAAAAGGUCUCGGUCGCGACUAAAUGCCUACCGGGCGCUAGCUAGUCCGGCUUACAUGGCUUUAUCCAGUGCGGACCCCAUCAUGACCACAUUUGAGCUGCGACAGGAAAUGAUGCACCUUGCGGAAGUCGAGAAAGAGUUCAUGGCUGAAUACCUGGGUUUGGUCGAGCAGUGUAUGAACUUCGCUUGUGAGUUGAUGGACAUGUGUCGUGGUACGCAGGAGGUGGAGGCCGUGUUUAGUGAGGGGUCGGGCAGUGGAGAGAAUGUCCGCGUGGACCCUCUCGCCAGACUGAAAAUGGCCAUACGCUACAGGGAAAAAAAGUUUGUUGCUCACCCUAACUGUCAGCAGCACAUGACGACCUUAUGGUACGGGCCCGAGAUGGGAUUCCUACAGUCCCUUCCCUCCUGGAAGCAGCUGGCGUUUGCCACGUGUUUUAUUCCAUGUAUACCUGUGAUGUGUGUAGCGUACGUGAUGGCACCUAACACCAAGGCUGGAUCUGUGAUGCGUUGUCCUGUCACCAAGUUCAUCACCCAUACUACGUCACACAUGUGUUUCCUUGUGCUAUUGGCGGCCGCGACAUUCCGGCUGACGGAGAGCGGUGUGUCAAUCACCUCUACCCGGGAAAUGAACAGCCCGGCGUUCGUACACCUGUCGCACGAGGAGAAGAUACAGAGCCUGAUGAAGGAAACUCUUCGACCAUCCAGUACACUUCUAACACACGUCCAGAUCUGUAUAGUGUUCUGGAUAUUAGGUUUACUGUGGAUAGAGUGUAAACAGAUUUACCAUACUGGUGCACGCUCCUACCUAACCGACUACAUUAACUUUAUGGACUUCAGUGUGCUAUCAAUGUAUCUCGCGUCCUACGUAAUGCGAUUCUUCACAGAAUACAAGGUGUCAAAUGCCGACAGAUAUUUUAACGGAACAAUGCGCGCCACCCAGCUGCUGAAAAACUCAAAUUAUACAUAUUUCAACCUUCUGCUGGAUGAAAUCAAAGAUUCUUCGAACUCGCCGACAAAUUAUUUUAUGGAGGCGUCACGAUUCCAUUGGAAGCCGGACGAUCCCGAAAUAGUGUCUGAUGUCCUAUUUGCUAUUGCGAAUGUGAUCAGUUUUGCCAGAACCACCUACCUCAUGCCAGCCUUCGAAGUGUUAGGACCUUUACAGAUCUCCCUCGGACGUAUGAUAGGCGACAUCACGCGCUUCAUGGUGCUCUUUAUGUUGGUCCUGUUCGCAUUCAUGGUCGGUCUCCAUAAUCUGUACUGGUACUACGGAGCCCAAAGGAUAAAGAUGACUAUGAACGGACAGAUAGUCUACGUACACGCUGCGGAGGCUUUUCAGGGGUUACGACAGACGUUCUACAGUCUGUUCUGGUCGAUGUUUGGGCAGGUCAGCAUCAACGAUAUCAACGUUAAACACCCAGGGCCUGAGGGAAUUUACAGCCCAAAUGAUCCGGAGUCGUUGAUGAAGAGUAGCACCUCGAUAGUUGAGGGAGUCGGGCUCACGCUUUUCGGAAUCUAUCACGUCGUCAUAAUUAUCGUCCUCAUCAACAUGCUGAUCGCCAUGAUGAGCCAUUCGUUCGAGGAUAUACAAACUGACUGUGAUGUAGAAUGGAAGUUUGCCCGAACUAAGUUAUGGCUGAACUACAUGGAUGAGGGCAGUACUUUACCUGUGCCAUUUAACAUGAUCCCUUCCAUUAAGUCUUUCUGCUAUUUGUGGAAGUUCUGCAGAGACCUGUUUGCUAUGGCUGAUAGUAAUUGGUCGGUUUACCAGAAAGCUCGAAAACAGACGUUUAUCAAGAAGAGACGCGAAAAUAUAUGCAAGUCAUUGGAACUGAAAACUGACAAUACCUCAUACUCUGAAAUGAUACAACGGCUGGUCAAGAGAUAUCUGUUUAAACUUGAGAGAGCAAAAGAUGAGAAGGAAAACUAUGGCGGACCAAACAUACGGUCAGAGGAAGUGGAGAUUGCCGAUAUGAAUGAUACACCACCUCCAGUACCGAACGCCCCAAACCGAAUCCAGUAUGCCACUCCGCCAACCAUACACGAAGACGAGGAGGAGGGGGUCCAUAUGAACAGCAAAAGUACGUAUUUCAAUCCCUCCAGAGGACCACCUCCGCGGCGGAAAGGCGUUAACCGGCGGGUAUCAAAUCCCGCAGCACCUGCCCCAACAACCUUGGUCAUCCCACAACUGGAUGCUAUCCAACGCUCGCAGAAACUGCUUGAUGUACGCUUACAACACCUUCAAACGAACAGCAAGAUGAAUACUAAAAUCAUUGACGAUAUAGAGUUUUUGAGGAGAGUAAUGAAUGAAAACCAGAAAGCGUUGUGCAAUAUUAUUCAAGCUUUAGGAAGUAUGCAAUGUGAAAUUGUGAACCUUGUAAAAUGUUUUGCGCCAGUUCCAACACAGACUCAAAACAACGUACCUAACACUCAUUCUCAGCAGAACUCCAUCCAUAGAUUUGGCAGUGGAAAGAAACGUCCAAGUCACGUGACUGAUGAUGACGAGAGUGAAGUGUGACUGGUGUGACGGGUUUAGUAUCUAUUCAGGUUUAAUACAGGGAGACAGCGAGACCAGGGUGUCGACUGUCGUUUUCCUUCUAUUGUAUGUGAUAAGUUGUUCAUGCACAUUACUUUCCAAAGUAUCUCACUUUAUUAUUGCCUCCCCUUUUUAGAUAUAUAAUAGAACCUGCCUCGAUAUUUAAGGGAAAAAACAGAUGAAAUAUACAGCUACUACGCGUAAUACGUAAAUCAUGGAACAUGUACAUGUAUACACUAAGAACGGGGAAUAACUACGUGUAAUACGUUAAUCAUGGAACAUGUAUACACUUAGGACGGGGAAUAACUACGUGUAAUAUAUAAAUCAUUAUAUACACCCAGGACGUGGGAUAACUACGUGUAAUAUAUAAAUCAUUAUAUAGACACCUAGGACAGGGAAUAACUACGUGUAAUAUAUAAAUAAUUAUAUACACCUAGGACGUGGGAUAACUACGUGUAAUAUAUAAAUCAUUAUAUAGACACCUAGGACAGGGAAUAACUACGUGUAAUAUAUAAAUCAUUAUAUACACCAAGGACGGGGAAUAACUACGUGUAAUAUAUAAAUCAUUAUAUACACCAAGGACGGGGAAUAACUACGUGUAAUAUGUAAAUCAUUAUAUACACUUAGGACGGGGAAUAACUACGUGUAAUAUGUAAAUCAUUAUAUACACUUAGGACGGGGAAUAACUACGUGUAAUACGUAAAUCAUUAUAUACACUUAGGACGGGGAAUAACUACGUGUAAUAUGUAAAUCAAUAUAUACACAUAGGACGGGGAAUAACUACGUGUAAUAUAUAAAUCAUUGUAUACACCUAGGACGAGGAAUAACUACGUGUAAUACGUUAAUUAUGGAACAUGUAUACACUUAGGACGGGGAAUAACUACGUGUAAUAUAUAAAUCAUUAUAUAGACACCAAGGACGGGGAAUAACUACGUGUAAUAUAUAAAUCAUUAUAUACACCAAGGACGGGGAAUAACUACGUGUAAUAUAUAAAUCAUUAUAUAGACACCUAGGACGGGGAAUAACUACGUGUAAUAUAUAAAUCAUUAUAUAGACACCAAGGACGGGGAAUAACUACGUGUAAUAUAUAAAUCAUUAUAUACACCAAGGACGGGGAAUAACUACGUGUAAUAUAUAAAUCAUUAUAUACACCAAGGACGGGGAAUAACUACGUGUAAUAUGUAAAUCAUUAUAUACACCUAGGACGGGGAAUAACUACGUGUAAUAUAUAAAUCAUUAUAUACACCAAGGACGGGGAAUAACUACGUGUAAUAUAUAAAU